AUGGUACAAGAGAGAGAGGAAAGGAGAAAAAGGGAGGAAGAAGAAAGAAGAAAACUUGCUGAAGAAGAAAGAAAAAAAAGAGAAGAAGCAGACAGGAAAAGAAGGGAAGAAGAGGCAAGACAAAAGAGAGAAGCUGAAGAAAGGGAAAAACGGGAGCUUCAAGAGAGGCUGGAUCAGACGCUUAAGAAUGCUAAGGCCAAAUCAGAACAGGAAGAAGGCAUAACCCGUGAGAAGAUGGAGCAGAAAACCACAACAGACAUUGUAGUCAGCCAGUUUGAUGAGUUUGAAACUAUCAAGGUUCACCUUGAGAAUCGUGAAAAUGAUAAUGAAAACCUCAUAGAUGUAUUAUGUGCCAAGAGUGGAAUACCACUUUCUAACAUGAAAUUAACUGCACUCACCCCAAAGCAAGUGGAGAGUCUUUCCAAAUCUCUGGAAACAUUGCUUUUCCAAGAUUGGCCUUCAAAUCCCCCAGGCAGACUCGCUCUUGUCCAUACACAGGUGCUGCUCACAGAACUUGUGCUCACAACUCUUAAAAUGGAGGACAGCAGCUUGCAAGAGGUUGUCACCAACCAAGCCCAAUAUCUGGUAGAGACAAUAAAUAAUGCUGGAGAAAAUAUAACUGAAAUGUUUCAUUUCACACAGGCUUUGCUGAAAGUACAUAAAAGAAUGCUGGAAAGCACAUAUCAAUGUAAUGUUGUAAAGAUUACUAAGCAGAUAACAAAGACAGAGAAUCUUCCUGCAGAGGAAGUCUUUCUCUUGAAAUUUCUAGAAAUUCUACAAAAGUGCCUGAGAGAAGUCAAUGAGCCAAAAUAUGGAAAAGAGAUCACAAGUGUGGAGAAAAAGUGCUAUGAGGUCUUGCUAAAUGCAGCAACUCGAUCCUAUAAUGAGGAAGCAUACUCUGAACUGACCUGUAGACUUCUGAGGAUUGUCCAGUCCAGCCUAUGGCAGCCCAAUGAAGCUAUGGAUUUUAUGUAUGACUUAGUAAAGAGCUGCAAUGAUCCUGUCCUACUCACGAAGGUGCUACAUCUGAUUGAAAUCUACCGUGUCCCUCCAACCUGGAAAGAUGAAAAUGGUAAGAAGAUCACUGACCACCUUGGAACAGAAAUUCUGUAUCAAGAAUUUGAAAAGAACAUGAAAAAAGAACCAGAAAAAUCACUUGAUACUGUUCUGGAAGAAAUUAAAAAGACUGGAAGCAUUGACAUUCAAACUCUUGAAAAGGUGCGCUGCAUUGUUUCAGGCAUCCAAAAAAGAAUUGCUGCACUCUCAGUGAGUGAACGUGGCAUACUUGAAAAUAUACCAAAAGGUUCUCUGAGUAACAAUAAAAAUGCUCAAGACCUUGAAAAGAUUUUAUUCACGUUAUGCAAAGGAGUGUUUAAAGUGAAUAACUAUUACCCAAGGGUGACACAGAUGGUCACAUGGUGCCUGCUAGCCUUGUCAAAAUACAGUAACUUACUUGAGGUUGGCACUGGAGAAGGGAAGUCGUGCAUCAUAGCAAUGUUUGCGGCCUUGCGAGUGCUGAUGGGACAACAAGUGGAUGUUGUUUCCAGUUCUUCUGUACUCUGUGAGCGAGAUACAGAAGACUGGAGCCCCUUUUAUAAGCUUUUUAGCAUCACAGUGGAUGUAAACACUAAUAAAACCAAAGAUGAAGAGAGAGCCAUCUGUUACAAAGCUGACAUUGUCUAUGGUACAGUAGAGACUUUUGCAGCUGAUUACUUGCGCCAGACUUUUGAGUUAAAACAAGUACGACCCAAUCGUCAGUUUCACUGUAUCAUUGUGGAUGAAGUGGAUUCUUUGCUGUUGGAUCGAGGAGUGCAGCUCACUUACUUGUCAAGUGAUAUGAUAAGCCUUCAGCAUCUUAACACAAUCCUAGCCAUGAUCUGGAGUGUGGUAAAUCAACAUGGUUUGGUUGCCACAGAAAACAAAGUAUUUAUUCGUGGCCCUCCUGUACCUUUUUACAAAGGCAUAUUUGAUUGUCUAAGUGGAGAUAACCUGGGUCUAGAAGAACCAAUUGAUAUAUUGGAAAUUGCAGAGCAGAACGGCCUUGUUCCAUCUGGAUUUUCAAAGGAAAUUGGAGCCAGUGACAAAGAUAAACUUAAUGAGAAACUGAAAACUAUUCCCCAGAAUGCCAUGUUAAAGUUUUUCAGUGUCCUUGAAGAUUACGUUCCAUAUCACUUUUCAACAUACAUUCAAGACGCAAAUGGAAUACUUCAGCUGACUACUGAUGACAACACUCCUGGACUUCCUUUCCUUGUGCUGGACAAUGGACUCUGUUGUUUGCUUUGUGAUUCAGAUGAACAGCUCUGGGAGCCAGUUCGCAGUUAUGUAUUGGAACAUCUCCAGUUCACGCCUUGUACCAACAAUGAUGAGAAACAUAACAUCCCAGGUUUUUUUAAAAACCUUGUUGAAACAAAAAUUCAGACAUGGGUAGAAAAUGCAUUUUUAGCAAUCAAGCUGCAGCCAGACAGGGAAUAUGUUGUCAAAGGUGACUGCAUCCUGCCAGUGGACUUCAAAUCUACUGGGAUUAUUGAACUGAACAAAAAAUGGGGAGAUGGCCUGCAGCAGUUUCUCGAAAUGAAGCAUCAGACAAAGAUCAGCACCAUGUCCACAAUAACUAAUUUUAUCUCCAAUGUCUCUUACUUCAAUAAGUAUCAAGGCCAAAUUUUUGGCACAACUGGAACUCUGGGCACUGAUGCAGAUAUUCAAUUUCUGUCCAAACUCUACCCAAACCUUACCACUUGCCGUAUCCCUACAUUUAAUAGAAGAAAGUUAUUUGAAGUUCAAGGAGAGAUGACAAACACUUCAGAGGAAUGGAAAAAGAAAAUCUGCACUACAGUUCAGGGACAGAUCUCUCCCAGUUCAACUGGAAAAGGCAGAGCUGCUCUAGUGAUUUGCGAGAGCAUCAACAGAGCCAUUGAAAUUGAAAAGGCGCUGAAACCUUUUGUGCAUGGCCAGCUGAAACUCUAUAUACGCAGUGACAAUGACAAUGCAAAAAUUUUAGAUGCUGAGUUGGCACCUGGAGAUGUGAUUGUCGCCACUAAUUUGGCAGGCAGAGGAACAGACAUCAAAGUGUCUGGGGAUGUCAAUAACAGUGGGGGACUCUUUGUGGUUCUCACCUUCCUUUCCCAGAAUGCAAGAGUGGAACUUCAGGCUUUUGGUCGCACAGCUCGAAAAGGAAAGCCUGGCUCAGCUCAGCUGAUUGUGUGCAGUAACCACAUGCCAGAAUACCUUGGUGAGGUCAACACUCUAGGUGCAGCGAAAAAGAUCAGAGAUCAAGUAGCAAAAUCACGUGUGCUACACUACUUAGAUGAUGAUAUUCCAGAGAUCUUCUUAAGAGAAGAGUUAUUUUCCCAGUAUUGCAAGAUUUUACUUUCUGUGUACAAUGAGAUUGAAGAUGUGGAGGAUGAGAAGGCAACAGUAGCUGUUCUAAAUGAAUACUGGGGAAUAUGGCUGCAACUCAAAUCUAAGCCAAUACUGGAAUUGAAGAGAGAUGAGCUGUUGGCUUCCUUGGCUUCUGAUAUUGCAAAGGCCAAACAACAGUGCAAAACAGAAGAAUCUCCAUGUUCUAGCAUCUAUCAGUACAUCCGGUUUGGCAACAAAGAACUUUUUGAUGAAAAAUUUGAACUCAGCUCCCGGUUGUUUGAAAAAAGCAUGGCUCUUGAUCCAUCUUGGGCUUCUAUUGCUUUUUACAGCCAUGCCUACUGCACAAUAAAGCUGUCAAAAGACAAUUACUUAAACAAAGCAAUGGAAGAUUUGGAAAAAGCAAAAGAAUCUCUGGCCAAUUUCAAAGAGCAAUGUGUGGUGACCUUGCAGUUAGUUAAACUUGCUAGUAAAUCCAAAGAGAGUGAAGAAACCACCAGAUUCCAGAAUCACAUAAUGACAAGAUGCCAAGUACUUGAUUUCUUUAAUAAAAACAUUGAGGAAGCCAUUAAGAAGCUGAAAGAGAUCAAGGAUAAGGGAAGGGAUGCUAUUGUGGAAGAAACAUCCGUUUUUGCACUGGUCCCAGAUGCACAGUCUGAAGUUCAUCAAGAACUCUAUGAGUUUUACAAACUGGGCCUGGUCAACAUCUAUACUGUUAAGGAGAAGCCCAGAUUCUGUUGGGAGGGUCUGGUUGUCUUCCUCCUGGGAGUUUUACAGCUUGUUGCAGGAAUUAUUCUUACUGCUGUAACUUGUGGCACACUAGCCAACAUUGGUAUGGCAUUGAUUAGUGAGGGAAUAUCAGACUGCAUCAGUGGUGCCGAAGCCAUGAUAACUGGAGAAUUCAGCUGGGCAUCGUGGGCCAUUGAGAAAGCAAUUUCUGUUGGUCUCUCCUUGGUCAGCUUUGGAAUUGGCAAGGUUAUUGCCAAAGGCGCUAAAGCAACAAUGACAGCAAUCAAACACAUUGGUAAGAAAUUUGAAAGCUUUGCCCAAAGUACUCAGCAAACAGAUCAAGACUGGGCUUAAGCAGGCUCUAAAGGAUAACAUAAAGAAUGUUCUUAAAUAUGCUGGCAAAGAGAUUGCGAUUGAGGUCCUUAGUAAAACAGAAGAUAUAAUUUUGGAUAAAAUUGUGGAAGAAAUUAAAAAUAAGGCCAAGGAAGCAGCAGUUGAAUCAGUGCAGAAGAAUAUGAAACAGGAGCCCUUAAAGCCUCUGGCAAAUACUGUGGUGCUGUCCCAUCUAAAGGACGGCAUGCAAGUGAAUGUCCUGUUGUCAGAAAGCAUUAGUACAGAGAGAAUGAAGAAUAUCUUUAAGGAAGUUGCCGAUACAGUGUUGGAAUCAAAUAAGGAGGGUCUGGAGUGGCAGGAAAAACUGCAUUCUUCAAUGCUUGAGGUCCUUGGUAAUGCUUCUGAAGCGGCUAAAGGAAAAGUUAAAAUUGCUCUGGGUAUCAUCCAAGCAACUUAUUUGACUGCUUUGGCUUCAGAUGCCAUAGCUUCAGUCGUCACUAUGUCUAAUCAAUUUAAUGGAAAAUACUGUGAGGAUCUUGAGAAAAUGAUUAAAGAAAACAAUAUGGCAGAAAAAUCACAAAAAAUAGUGUUAACCACAGAUGAAUCCAAACUGUUAGAUGGCUUUAAAGGGGAGCUGGCUAUUGAAGUUGCAGGAUCACUAGUGGAUGUGCUUACUUUGGUUUUCCAGCAGAAAUUCUCCAACCAUCUUGUGAAAUUUGCUCAAAAUAAAGUUAAUGGUAAAAUUAAUAAAUUUAUUGAAGAUAAGAUAAAAGUGGAUGCUGAUACUUUCAUAAAGUCUAAAGAAGUUUCCACUGGAAAUGUUGUAGAUUACAAGAAAGAUCUCACACCCAUUGCAAAAAAAUGCAGAAGGCUGUUAAAGACUAUGCUGCUGAUAUUCAAAAUACUAAAAGAUCAGCCACUGUGGUUGACAUUCGUGUGUUAGCUGAGGUCACAGGAAAAAGGAUUGUUGUUCUCUCUGAUAAUAAAGGUGACAUGAGAAAGAUCCAAGCAUUGAACCCCAAUAC